GUGUAAAACUUAUAAAGAUAAAUUAGAGUUUGCUGAUUCAGAUGAUAUUCAAAAACCUCAUAACUAUUAUAUCUAUGAUCUUUUUGAAUUGUAUACAACUAUAGAAGAUGAUAAAGAAAAUAAUCAAUUAGGCAUUCAGUUUUCAUAUACUAUUGACAUUUCUUUAUACAAUGAAUCUUCAAAAAAAAUCGCUGAUAAUUUGAUAAAUAUUGUUAGUGAUAUUGAUAAAUACAAUUGA